CCUGGUCAUGUCCUUAUGUGGAGCAGAGUGUGUGAGUGGGCCGGCCUCCUCAUUACUGUACAGAAACACUAACUUUAUAACCUUAUCCUCUUUUUAAAGCACAGCUUGGAUCUGAUUUUUGGAAUAAAUAUCUCCCGGUCCUCUUGCUGCUGUCCGCUUGCCGCGCUGCCUCCUCUCCCGGUGAUUUUACGGAGUUUCACGGACUGAUGGCUCUACUUGUUGCUAAAGUAACCGCUAACUAAUGCUAACUGUAGCCGCCGUAAGCUAGGUUAGCUCAGUUAGCCGCGCAGCUAACGGGGCUGCUAACUCAGUCUGCCCGGACAGGAGACCCGUAGAGCGGGGUAGAGUGGCUGUUUACCCCCGCUGACAGGAGCUCCGAGCCUCUGGGAGAGAGAGGGUUUACAGCCCGGCCAGGGGGACGGACCAGCGGGGGAUGCUGGCGGGGACCGGGGCCGGGAUGAGCACCAGAACCGGACCGGGACCGAACCCAGCUUCCGGGAUGGAAGAGGGCCAGUUCGCGGAACGGGAGUUCAGCACCGAAGUAGUCUACAGCGGCUCCGACCAGGACUCUGACUCGGGUGACGAUGAGGACACGACUGGCUCCGGCGGAGACAGGAGGGGGGUGAAGCGGGAGAGGAGCGAGCGGGAGGUCGGCCGGCAGUCUACGGGGUCCUCCGGGGGCCACAGCGGGGUGUACUGCGGGGUCAGCCCUGGGGUACCGGGGGCCAAACCCGGAAAGAAGACCCGGGGCAGAGUGAAGAUAAAGAUGGAAUUCAUAGACAACAAACUUAGGAGGUACACCACCUUCAGCAAGAGGAAGACCGGCAUCAUGAAGAAGGUGAGCACACCUGAGAGCAGCAGGGGCGUUUCCAGAGGGGGACAUAGGCCCUCUAGGUGUAAACUGAAAAAAAAUCCUAAAAUCCUGUACCCUAUCAGAGACAAGAUCAAACAGGUAAAAUCUUUAGUUUGGGCUGAGCUACAUCUGACUGCUGGAGCUGUCGGUGUUCAAACACAAUAUAAUUGACCACACUCGUCACCCUGCUGUCAUCCUCCUUAUAGCUCUUUAGUCUUUGUACAGGACAACUGAAAACUCUUUCAUUUUGACUCUUAGGAGUCUUUGGAAACCCUUGUUUGGCCUCUGGCUGAAACAUUCAAACAUUUGGGCAUCUUAUGGAGCCACAGAGGGUUAUUUUUCUGUAUGACAUUACAGAAAAAAAUUAUAAUAAUAGAAAACAAACGUUUGCAUGAUACUGUGUUAUCGAAAACAAUACAGGAAACUAUAUGAUUGACUAAAUUUAAAUUAUUCUUAGAGGACAGUAGUUACAUAAACAAAGGAAGAGAAACUACAGUGAAUGAGGAUUUAAUACAAAAAAAAAACCAAACUUAGACUCAGAGGAGGCAGGUACAGUGUAAAUUAAACUCAGAAUGCUGGUGCAGUGAAACUAAGAUUUAGAAGAAAAAGCUACAGUGAAAUAAAACCAUGUGAGACAGGUUAACAGGCACUUCACAACUGGAGACACCCAAUUGAGAGAGUCCAGGUGAUGUGAUGGAGCCAGACAGGCAGCGAUGGAUAUGGAGAGAAUACAAAAGUUGUGAUAAGCCGGGUCAUAUAAACAGAGAAAUUAUAGUUAAAGUGAAGUUUUGAGGGGGGAAACUUGGCUCCAUGUUUGACUCUUUGUCUGAGUGCCACAUUACAAUUCAGUCUGACCUCUAUACAUCUCUGGCUCCUCCCCCCACAGGCCUAUGAACUGUCUACACUGACGGGCACACAAGUGUUGCUAUUGGUUGCCAGUGAGACGGGUCAUGUUUACACGUUUGCCACGAGGAAGCUGCAGCCAAUGAUAACGUCAGAGACGGGUAAAGCACUGAUCCAGACCUGCCUCAACUCCCCCGACUCACCCCCUCGCUCGGACCCCUCCUCCGACCAGAGGAUGAGUGCCACUGGCUUUGAGGAGACAGAUCUCACCUACCAAGUGUCUGAGGCUGAUGGCUGCCCUGAGGUUGCCAAGGUAACAUCCCUCUCAUGGUCCUCAUAAAAUACAACCAAUUAUCCGCAGGGGGUGCCUCAGGUGCUUUAGACCCACCAACCUGUCUGUUUUAUCCUGUAGGAUCUGAUCAAACCAGGCUUCGCUGUCAGCACUCAGGCCUCGCCCCCUUCCACCUCCUCCUCUUCAGUGGCCCUGCAGGUGCAGACCAGCGCCUCCUCCUGGCAGCCACCCUCAUCCACCAACGGCACAGUGCUGAAGACAUCAGCUGGCAUCAUGCUUCCUGGAAGCCUCACCUUAAUGUCGGGUAAGUAGACAGAGCUUCCUGUCACCUGCUGCAUUUCUUUCAUCUCGUAAGGCUGAUGUCACAUGACCAGCUGGUUUCACACUCGUCUUCCUGCUUCCAGCUGUUCUGUGUGUCAGCUGCUAAUCUGUAUCUGGCCUCGCCGCCCUCCUCACCUGUCAACAGGUGCUGCUCUGCCCCCUGGCACACACACCAUCCCCCUCAGUCAGCUGCAGGCUCCGCCCCUCACCCUGCAGGGCCCCGUGGCCCCACUGCACACCACCCCCACACAGCCGACCACGCUGCUCCGCCUUCCAACCACCAUGUCACUGUCAGGUCAGCACAAGACCAUGCCCACCGCCGUGUGUGUGAGUGUGUGUGUAUGUAUGGUGUGUGUGUGUGUGUGUGUGUGUGUGUGUGUUUUGAAGCUUUGCUGUCUGUAUUAGCAGCUGUAAGCACUCUUCAGCUCAUUUUCUCAGUGUAUUUGGUUUGAGGUCUGUUUGAUGGAAACUUGGUUGAAAGUCAGCGACGUACGUCUUAGUUGUUGAUGAUGUCAUGAUGAUGCUGUGAUGUCAUCAGCAGGUGGAGUCUCUCAGCAGCUUCAGACUAUCCAGGUGCAGUCACAGCACACCCCCAAUCAGAGCAGCUCGGACACCCACAACCCAACCUCGUCCGCAGGUAGGUAAUGUUAAAGUUGCUUCUAACCUAUCUCAAACAACAGUCUGAGCCUAUACCUGUCCAAGCUUAAAACAGUCUGUGCCUAUAGAAGUCUGAGCCUACAACAGUCUAAGCUUAAAACAGUCUGUGCUUAUAGAAGUCUGAGCCUAUAACAGUCUAAGCUUAAAACAGUCUGUUCCUAUAGUAGUCUGAGCCUAUAACAGUCUAAGCUUAAAACAGUCUGUUCCUAUAGUAGUCUGAGCCUAUAACAGUCUAAGCUUAAAACAGUCUGUUCCUAUAGUAGUCUGAGCCUAUAACAGUGUAAGCUUAAAACAGUCUGUGCUUAUAGAAGUCUGAGCCUAUAACAGUCUAAGCUUAAAACAGUCCUUGCCUACAAUAGUCUGAGCCUUUAACAGUGUAAGCUCAAAACAGUUUGUGCCUAUAGCAUUUAAACUUAGAGCUGAUCUAAGCCUUUAUCAGAACCUACUUUCAGCUGUACCUUAAUGAAAAAAUUUUGGCUCCUCUCCAAGAGAGCCAGGGUUUCUGCCUCUUAAUACUGUGUGCUCUGUGUCUCCAAAAGAGAAGAGCUUAAUAACAAAAGGCUCUGCUCUUUAUUGUACUCAUUAAGAGCUCUCGUUUAAGGUCCUUAAAGGUAGCACAGGGAAGUUUGAUUUAGAUGAUGCUUACAUGAUGUUUUCACUCCUCUCUCUCUGCAGCCUCCAUCAUCCCUCCCUCUUCCUCCUCUUCGUCCUCAGUAACAGGUCACAUGAUGUACCCCGGUGGUCACACGGUCAUGUAUGCCACACCCACUCCUUCGCUGGGUGAUGGCAGCCUCACCGUGCUUAACACCUUCCCACCCACCGGCCACGCUCAGUCUCAUGACCCAGGUACUACCCUGUUACCUUGGUAACAUUCACCACCACUUCCCCAAUACAAUGAUCCAAUAAAAUAUUUUUUCAAGUCUGUUUGUAUGAUCGAGAGUGUCUCUACAGGUUCCCUCCCACAGGUGUUCCUCACCUCACUGCCUCCAGUUGCUGCUCAGAUUCCUGUCUCGGCCGUCCAACUGCACCCGGUACACACACACACACACACACACACACACACACACACACACACACACACACACACACACACACACACACACACACACACACACACACACACUCACAGGAUUACAAAACAACCUAUAACACUGUUAUGCAGAAUAACAUCUAUACAAAUAGUAACACAACAAACAUCAAAACUACACACAAACUACACAUCUGGACCUUUUAAUUAUGGAACGAAUCAAGAUCACAAUUAAUUUAAUUGAUUUUGCAAUCACAGUUAUUGAAUUAUUGCUUAUGAUUUGGCAUCUUUAUCACAGGCAUUUCUGGUGUGUGUGUGUUUCAGAUGGUGAUCAGUCAGCAGAGCAGCAGUAACCUGACAGAGCUGCAGGUCGUCAGCCUGGACGUCCACCAAUCAAAAGAGGACUAACUGUCACAUGGCUGUGUGUGUCUAUCACACAAACUCACACACACACACACACACACACACACACACACACACACACACACACACCUGGAUCUCCUCUGGGCAACAUCAGUAUUUUUUUAUUCAAAAUAUAUUUGAAUUACUAUGCUCUUUAAAUUCAUGUAAACAGCAACAAACAGCAGCAGACUGUGGAUAACGACAACGAUGCAAGAACGCUGUCAACAAACAACACAACAACCACAACAGACUAGACAAACACAAGACAGUCAUUAAACAACACAAAGCAGCUUCAACAGACACAUUACAAACAACAGACAGUAGACAAUGACUGACAGACUGCAAACUUCGAAAGACUGUAAACAGACAGACUGUUUACAGACAGUCAGCAACAAUGGAAAGACUUUAGACCAACACCAAAUGGUAUACAAGAACAAAAAGACAGUAAACAACAACAGACUUUAAGCAGAUGAUCUACAAGACGGACUAACAAAAAACCAAGUGACUGUAACAAACAAACGGCAAACAAACAACAGACAGACUGUUAACAGCAACAGACUAUUAACAGACAGACCGUUAAUAGACAGUAAGCAACUAAAAGAUACAGUAAACGAACAACAGACGGACAGUAAACAGAGGGUUACUAAAAUGUCUGUCAGACAGUAAAACAAUAGAGCAGGCAGUAAUUCGAGGACAUGAAUUUGAUUUUAUUUUGAGAAAAGUUAAAUUAUGUCGAUGACCAACGUUUAUGGAUCUGUGUUAAAGAAUCUGUUUCAAAAAGACUUUAAUUUUGUUAAUUAUGGUGAUAUUUUAUGAGCUGUGAUCAAACAAAUAAUGAUGUCACCUCUCUGAUGUUCAGGUGACACGCUCACCUGUGUGUGUGUGUGUGUGUGUGUCUGUGUGUGUGUGUUUAUUAUCUGUCCAAUGAAUGUAUCAGUUUUUUAUUCUGUAUCUUUUUUUAUGUUUCUGAUUUAAACAAAGUGCCAAAAACUGACGAGCUCUGCCGUCUGUCACGCAAAGACUUCUUAAAGGGACGGUACACAUUCACUACUCACCUGGACCUGAGUGCAUCAGCUGUGCAACUCCUGUGUGUAUGACCUGGAUGUUUGUGUUUUUGCUGGAUGUGGACUCGGUGUCCAGUGGAGCUCCAAAUACAUUUCAGCUGUAUUUACAAACAUGCUGCAUCACUUCCUGUCUGUAGAAGCAGGAAUUAAAUCUGACUUUUCAAAGUAAAGUGAAGAUUACAUGUGGGUCAUUCUACAGAAAACAGUCACUGAACUCUGUUUAAGAGACCACAGCAGUGUAAAGUUAGCUCUUAUCAGUAUGUUAUUGAUCAGGUGUGAUCAAUAAUCAACAGGAGUUCAAUUGUGAUUCAUGUGUUUCUACUGUGAGUAGCAGUAUCAGAGUGCACUGAGCAGGUAGUAUGUUGAAGGACACUUGAAUACUCCUCUCAUUGGCCAGAGAAUUGAGGACGAGCAGGGAUCAAACAUGGACUCUGCUGCUCUUAGUCCUGGUCUGUUCAGGGUUCAGCCUGAGGACUCUGACUGUCCCCGCUGGACUUGUAGGACCCCCAGACUCUGCUGGAUACAUUGCAGGACUUAUUCCUAUACCCACAGCAUUUAAUAAACUCUUUGACCACCAAACA